CGAAAUCUUAGCGGGACGGCGAUGGGCGAUCAGACGGAGCAGAAAUACUUGCCGAAGAAGAAGAAAUCCGAAACGGAAGACGAUAAGAGGAGGAAGAAAAUUGUUCCUGGGAGCUUGUUGAAAGCUGUGGUGAGACCUGGAGGAGGUGAUUCGAGCCCUGUUGAUGGUGAUCAGGUUAUUUAUCAUUGCACUGUAAGGACACUGGAUGGUGUAGUAGUGGAAUCUACGAGGUCAGAAUGUGGAGGGAGAGGUUUACCGAUAAGAGAUGUCUUGGGAAAGAGCAAAAUGAUCCUUGGACUGCUCGAAGGUAUUCCAACGAUGCACAAGGGUGAAAUUGCAAUGAUUGCAAGUGAUGAUCUGGGGGUCAUCAAGAAGAUUCUAAAUGAAGGUGAGGGCUGGGAAUCUCCCAGAGAACCCUAUGAAGUAAAAGCCAGAAUAUCUGCUAAAUCCGGCGAUGGACAAGUGAUCUUCUCUUACGCAGAAGAACCUUAUUUCUUCACAUUUGGAAAAUCUGAGGUGCCUAAAGGUCUUGAAAUCGGAAUUGGAACCAUGGCUCGGAAGGAGAAGGCAGUGAUAUAUGUUCGCAAGCAGUACUUGACUGAAUCUCCUUUGUUGCAUAUAGAUCAGGACCUUAAGGAAGUUCAUUUUGAGGUUGAACUGGUACAUUUCAUUCAGGUGCGGGACAUGCUUGGAGAUGGACGUCUCAUAAAACGUCGAGUUCGUGAUGGAAGAGGCGAGUUUCCAAUGGAUUGUCCUCUCCAAGAUAGUCGGUUAAGCGUUCACUACAAGGGCAUGCUUCUCAAUGAAGAGAAAACUGUCUUCUAUGAUAGCAAGAUUGACAAUAAUGAUCAACCGUUGGAGUUCAGUUCAGGAGAAGGACUGGUCCCUGAGGGGUUUGAGAUGUGUACUCGUUUGAUGCUACCUGGGGAGAUUGCUCUUGUUACAUGCCCCCCUGAUUAUGCAUAUGACAAAUUUCCGAGACCACCUGGCGUGUCUGAAGGUGCACAUGUUCAGUGGGAGAUUGAACUCCUUGGUUUUGAAACGCCAAGAGACUGGACUGGCUUGAACUUCCAGAGCAUCAUGGACGAGGCAGAUAAAAUCAGAAGCACGGGUAACAGGCUUUUCAAAGAAGGAAAAUUUGAGCUCGCAAAAGCAAAGUACGAAAAGGUGCUCCGGGAAUUUAAUCAUGUUAACCCACAAGAUGAAGAUGAAGGAAAAAUAUUUGGUGACACAAGGAAUAUGUUACAUCUGAAUGUUGCGGCUUGUUUGCUUAAAAUGGGAGAGUGGAGGAAAUCUAUAGAGACAUGCAAUAAGGUCCUAGAAGCAAAGCCUGGUCAUGUGAAAGGUCUCUACCGCCGCGGAAUGGCUUACAUUGCAGGUGGAGAGUAUGAUGACGCUAGAAAUGACUUCAAUAUGAUGAUCAAAGUGGAUAAAUCAUCAGAAGCUGAUGCGACCGCUGCUCUAUUGAAACUGAAGCAGAAGGAACAGGAAGCGGAGAGCAAGGCUAGAAAACAGUUCAAAGGAUUAUUCGACAAGAGACCAGGGGAGAUAACCGAAGUCAGUUCAGAAAUAAGAGAGGAGUCUAAAACUAUAGAAGAAGUAGAUGAGACAAAAGAUAAUGAUAAUGAUGAAAUACAGGAAGAAGAAGGAACUACGACAGUGAGCACGGAAAGGAAGAGGAAAUGGUCGGAGAAAGCCUGGCCAUUUCUGAAGAACGUGAUGCUCCAAAUCGGAAUCCAGCUCGGUGUUGUCCUUGGAAGAUUAUUAACAAACAAGAUUAUAAUGACGCUUUAUAUUCGCCGCGAAGCUUCCAAGAUAUGGAAGAGAUUUUGUUCGGAAAUAACGACAGAGAUUGGUCUCCUCGCUGAGAACUGGAAAUACCUUCUUGCUGGUCUUCUCUGUCAGUAUAUUCAUGGUUUAGCUGCUAGGGGAGUUCAUUAUAUUCAUCGGCCAGGACCAACGCUUCAAGAUUCUGGCUUUUUUGUUCUUCCGGAGCUUGGUCAAGAUAAAGGCUACAUAAGUGAAACUGUGUUCACUUGUGUAUUUCUUUCAUUUUUCCUGUGGACUUUCCAUCCUUUCAUUGUGAAAAGCAAGAAGAUAUACACUGUGUUGAUAUGGUGCAGGGUUCUCGCCUUCUUAGUUGCUUGUCAGUUUCUCCGUGUUAUAACAUUCUACUCGACUCAGCUUCCUGGCCCUAACUAUCACUGUCGAGAGGGUUCUGAGCUUGCCAGGUUGCCACGGCCACAUAACGUUCUUGAGGUGCUCUUGCUCAACUUUCCUCGCGGGGUGAUAUACGGAUGUGGAGACCUGAUUUUCUCAUCGCACAUGAUAUUCACUCUAGUCUUUGUCCGCACUUACCAGAAAUACGGUUCUAAAAGGUUCAUAAAGCUGUUAGGUUGGGUCGUUGCCAUCUUGCAAAGCCUCUUGAUUAUUGCGUCCCGUAAACAUUACACUGUAGAUGUGGUUGUUGCGUGGUAUACUGUGAACUUGGUUGUCUUCUUCCUCGACAAGAAAUUACCAGAAUUGCCUGAUCGAACAACGGCAUUGCUCCCUGUGAUCUCGAAAGACAGAAGCAAAGAAGAGAAUCACAAACUCUUGAACGGGAACGGUGUUGAUCCUGCAGAUCGGAGACUGAGGGCUCAAGUGAAUGGCAAAGACAGCAAUGGAGGUCACACUGAUAAUGAUUCGGUGUCUCACGAAACAUUUAGACCAGGAGCGUCGUCGUUGUUCGCCCUAAAAACUUCUCUCCCAGGCACAAUAACCAAGGUAGCCGCAAGCCUUGGUCGAGAUGAGUUUCCUUCACCGGCGAUGCUCUUCCGACUGCCUCCCUUUCUGAUUGGUGCUACUUAUAAGAUGACUUCCCUUGUUCUUUCCAAUGCGAGCCACUCUCGUUGUUUACCGUUGUCUUCGGUCGCUUUCCUCCUUCUGAGGCCCCCUCGUGAACCACCACCGGUGCCUCCAUCUCCGCCGAAUCCACCGGAACCACCGGAUCCACCGGACUUUCAGAUCUGCUUCACUUUUGCUGAUUCUUGUACCCAGCCGUCGAGCUCCUCUUCCCUCUCAGUGUUUGAUUCGCUCGUCCCCAAUCUCUCCUCCGCCAUUUAUGGCUCUCCAUCCUCCUUCUCUCUGUCACUGGGUUUGUGGAGAUCUAAUUUAGCUCAUUCAGUUUCAAUGGGCUUGGAUACUUUUGAGUCUACACUUGUGCUCUCUGGUAGCACUUUUAUCGCUUUGAUGCGAUCUUUUACCGCAGUAUGCGGAUUCUGUCUCGAUUUGUCUAGUGUUGUGUUGACAUCUUUACUUUGGCUGAGCGAUUACCAGUUUCGAGUCCAAGCUCCUUCGUUUGGCCCCACCACAAUUCUCCCCUCCGUCACCCCUGGAAUUCUUGAUGUCGUCAUAUGCUACCUCGCUCUCACCGUGAACUCCUGGGAUUGGAUGGGCUUGGUUCAGCCUUGCGUGUCCUCAAGUGACAUGUAUAUUGCCUUCCCGUGUGCCCCGAUUGCUGUAGGCAGCUCGUGGGCCGGAAUCGUCAUGAACUGCGUGUGCCAAAAGAUUCAGACCUGCUCUCUCUUCAACGGGCAACCCCAGCCCUCAUGGGCUCUCCUUCCCAUCUCCAUGACGUCGGAAGGUAUGGUAUCUGUGACCCUUUGGUGUAGGGUGCAUAGGCCUAGUAACAGCCUCUUGUUAAUUCCCAAUUACCUCAAUAUGAGGAUUCAUCAGUUUCAAGUACCUCAGUAUGAGGAUGUUUUCAGAUUUGACCAAAACUUUGUUAGAAUGGUUGUAAUGUCUCUUGAGAGAUGGCUUUUUGGUAGUCAUUUUUUGGAGAUUACGGUUUCUGGUUUUGGUAUGGAUUUGAAUAGUGCAGGCUCCAGAAGAAGCGUUGGCGUCCUUUGUGUUGUUGAUGUGUUGUGUGCAGGGCUAAGCCUCACGGAAGAGGACGGUUGGGUCAUAAAGUGCCAACCAUUCCAGCCAUCAUCACAGAAGGUGGAAGCGUUCUUGAGCUUCUCAAGUGUAGCAUGGUUACAAUCUUCGAUCUGCUGCGGGUUGGGCUGGUGUUUCAAGAACCCACUCAACGGAAAGAUCCACCAUGGAUCUUUUUCAAGACCCUUUGUGUCCUCUGUUCUCGUAGCGGAGGCACUAGCUCUCAAGGCGGCUAUCACGGCGGCUUUAGCAUUGGGUGUAUCAAGGCUGGCUUGUAUUUCGGAUUGUCAGGAGCUUGUUCUUCUGUCCAAUACCGGUGGCCACGCAAACGAAGUAGAUGGCAUAUUAGCGGAUUUCUUUCGUUCUAUGUUUAUGUCUAGUUCUGUUCACUUUGUUCCAAGGUCUGAAAACGGUGGAGCUGAUGCUUCAGCAAAAGCUGGCCUAUUAUCCUGUAUUUCCUCCUCCAUAUGUGGAUCCGAUUUCAUCGCCGACGUUAGUCAUCAAAUGGGAGCUCGUUGCUCUAAGUUCUCAUUCUGCUUGUUCCCUUCUCACUUCAAAUCCGCUUCAGUUCUCGAAUCUCCUGAUCUCGAAAAUGGAGGAAAAGUGUGGCCGAGUUUUAAGGAAUUCAAAUUGGAGCAGCUGAAAUCUGCGACCGGAGGUUUCUCUUCAGACAACAUUGUAUCAGAACACGGCGAGAAAGCUCCUAACGUUGUCUACAGAGGAAGACUUGAUGAUGGUCGCUUGAUCGCUGUUAAACGCUUCAAUCGCCUGGCUUGGGCUGAUCAUCGACAGUUCCUGGAUGAAGCUAAAGCUGUUGGGAGCUUGAGGAGUGAUAGAUUAGCGAAUCUGAUAGGAUGUUGCUACGAAGGAGAAGAGAGAUUACUCGUUGCUGAGUUUAUGCCUCAUGAAACGCUUGCAAAGCAUCUUUUCCACUGGGAAAAUCAUCCGAUGAAAUGGGCGAUGAGGUUAAGAGUUGCAUUGUGUUUAGCGCAAGCAUUGGAAUAUUGUAGUAAUAAAGGGAGAGCUUUGUAUCAUGAUCUCAAUGCUUACAGGGUUUUGUUUGACAAGGAUGGGAAUCCCAGGUUGUCUUGUUUUGGACUCAUGAAAAAUAGCAGAGAUGGGAAGAGUUAUAGCACAAACUUGGCAUUUACUCCUCCAGAGUAUUUGCGAACGGGUAGAGUUACACCAGAGAGUGUAGUAUUCAGUUUUGGAACUGUUUUGCUCGAUCUCAUGAGUGGAAAACAUAUUCCACCGAGCCAUGCGCUUGACCUAAUCAGAGGCAAGAACUGUGCAAUGUUAAUGGAUUCUGCUCUCGAGGGUCAUUUCUCAAACGAAGACGGAACUGAGCUAGUACGUUUAGCCACACGUUGUCUGCAGUAUGAAGCUCGAGAAAGACCAAAUGUGAAAUCUCUCGUCACUUCACUUGUCACACUCCAGAAGGAAUCUGAUGUAGCUUCAUACGUUCUUAUGGGUAUCCCCCAUGAAACCGAGGCUGAGGAAGAGUCUCCGCUUUCUUUGACACCCUUUGGUGAUGCAUGCUUAAGAGUGGAUCUUACAGCCAUACAGGAAAUACUUAGUAAGAUUGGAUACAAGGAUGAUGAAGGAAUUGCCAAUGAGCUCUCGUUUCAAAUGUGGACCAACCAGAUGCAGGAAUCUCUCAAUUCGAAGAAGCAAGGAGACCUAGCUUUCCGUUCCAAAGAUUUUACAACCGCAGUCGAUUGCUACACUCAGUUCAUAGAUGGGGGAACAAUGGUGUCACCAACAGUACACGCACGGCGGUGCCUGUCAUAUCUGAUGAACGAGAACGCACAAGAGGCUCUGACAGAUGCAUUGCAGGCACAGGUUGUGUCUCCGGAAUGGGCAACCGCUCUGUAUCUGCAAGCGGCUUGCUUGUUCAAGCUCGGUAUGGAAGCCGAUGCUCAGCAAGCUCUUAAGGAUGGGACUACAUUGGAAGCUAAGAAGAGAGAUGGGAGACGUACGAUGAUGUUGUUGGACUUUCUCAACUAUAACUUUGGCAAUCAUAACUCACCACCAGUGAAUUUGAUGCUAAUCCUUGGAGACAUCUCAGGAGAUAUGGGGUUCAUCGGUGCUAUUCGGGCAAUCAAAAGAAAGUGCAAUGUUCUCUUAUCACAGCCUCAAAACGCAUCAAGUGUGCCUGGUGUUAAACUAGCCUUUUCCUCCGCCGUCUUCUGCAUCUUUCACGAUAUGUCUUGGUACAUCCCUAACGGAGAUGAGAGACGCACGAUGAUGUUGUUGGACUUUCUCGGCUAUGGAAUUGGCAGCAAUCGCUCAUCAUUGAAUUUGAUGCUAAUCCUUGGAGACAUCUCAGAAGACAUGGGGUUCAUCGGUGGUAUUCGGGCAAUCAAAAGAAAGUGCAAUGUUCUCUUAUCACAGCCUCAAAACAUAUCGGAGGUGCCAGAUGUACUUACAAAAUGGCUUUGGAAAAGCCUAGCUACUGGAGAAGACCUAAGUGAAAACUCACAACCUGCUCUCAGUCUGAAUUCUAAAUUCACAGCUGUCCAAAUCUAAAGCUCACAACCUGUUGCGGAUCCUUAGUUCUGUUGCACUAGUUGGUAUCAUGAUUGCUUUUCUUUUUAUAAGGAUUCUGUCCAGAGAAUGACCUAAGCAUCUUUUUUGUUCUCUGUUUGUUAUAAAACAUAUGAUCAUGGUUUUGUUUAGCUAUAUCUUGAAUCUUUAUGCUCUUUUAGUUAUUCAUUUCCCUUAUAAGCUUAUGUAUUUAUUGAUCCUUGUUUGCAAAUUUAAACCUAAUGUUUCACAAAGAAGGAUCAAUGAACCUUAAAUGUCCUU